AUGAUGGCGCAAGAUACCCAAUUCGCGUUGAACACAGGGGCGAAGAUUCCUGCCCUUGGGUUUGGGACUUGGCAAGAUGAAGAAGCCCAAUACGAUGCUUGUCUUGAAGCGCUGAGGGUGGGAUACCGGCACAUUGAUACAGCCAGAGUGUAUGGAACCGAAGCAGCUGUGGGUAAAGCCAUCCGCGACAGUGGUAUCCCACGAGAGGAGCUCUUCGUGACUACAAAACUUUGGAAUACCGAUCAUCACCCUGAUGAUGUUGAGGCCGCACUAGACGCCUCUCUGAAGGACCUGGGCUUGGACUAUGUUGAUCUCUUCCUAUUGCAUUGGCCCAUUGCCUUUCAGCGAGGCCGUGCAAACCCCUUUCCAACCGAUGACCAAGGCAAAAUAGCUCUUGAAGAGAUCGAUUACGUUGAUACCUAUAAGGCGAUGGAAAAGUUGAUCCCAACAGGCAAGACGAAAGCGAUUGGGAUCUCAAACUUCUCCUUGGCAGAUCUCAAUCGCCUUUUGGAGAGCACAGCCGUGGUUCCGGCCGUGCAUCAAAUGGAGCUUCAUCCGUGGCUACAGCAGACAUGGUUCCACGAGUAUCACUCUGCAAAGGGUAUUCAUGUGACGCAGUACUCACCAUUUGGGAACCAGAACGAACUGUACAGCAGGGGAAGAAGCACUACCUCUCCAAUACAGAAGAUGAUGGACGAUCCGGUACUGGUGGAAAUAGCGAGGAAGUACGACAAGACCGGUGCCCAAGUUGCCUUGGCUUGGGGCCUUGCUCACGGUCGAAGUGUCUUGCCCAAGUCAAAGACACCUUCCAGAAUCGCAACAAAUCGACUGGGGGACUUUGCGCUGGAGGCCGGAGAUGUUGCUAUGAUCGAUAGCAUUGACAAGAAGCUCAGAUUCGGGGAUCCUUCGAGCGUCUUUGGCACAAACCUUUUUGUUGACCUCGAUGGCAAGAUUUCCACUUGA